CCAUGAUGCAAGUUUGGAAUGAAGACAUACGCUGGGUCACACACUAAGACAUCACAAAGAUGGAGGGCGAGCUCUACAGGGAAUGCCUGCGAAACCAUGCCGCAAGCCUAGGCAGCUACGCCACCGACGGCUGCGGAGAGUUCACACUCGACGCCACCUCCCCCGGCGGCCUCCUCUGCGCUGCUUGUGGCUGCCACCGCAACUUCCACCGCAAGCUCGUCUCCAGUACCCCCUUCGCCGAGGGACGGCAGCAGCAGAGCGCUGCGGCGGUGGAGUCCCCGGAGUCGGAGAGGAGCGAGGGCCAUAAGAAAAGGCUAAGGACGAAGUUCACGGCAGAUCAGAAGGAGAAGAUGCUAGCUUUUGCUGAGAAGAUAAGGUGGAAGAUGCAGAGGAAGGAGGAAGAGGACGAGAUCGAGAAGUUCUGCCGAGGAGUUGGAGUGAGUAGGCAGGUUUUCAAGGUUUGGAUGCACAACCACAAGAACUCUUCCUCUUCUUCGUCUUCUGCUUCUACCACUCUCACUCAAUAGACGCCAUUCUCCACCAUCCAGAUCUGUAAGACAGAAUUAUGACAAAUGUAUUACUUCUUCUCAUGCUCUUUUUUUCCCUACCUAUGAUGCGAUGCUUUGUCUAUUUUUCUUUGCUAAUAGUUCCAGGCUUAAUGUUUUAAAAACCAUAUCAUAUCAUCAAAUAUUUUUGACGAUUAGUGCUAUG